AUGCUUCCACGCAAACGACCGUCCAAGCCCAAGCCCAACAGCCCCUUUGUUCCCCCUUUCACCAAGCCCCUACCGGCCAAGCGCCUUAAACCAACAGCCUCCACCGCGAAUGUGCCGGCUCCAGCCGAACGCAGAACGACGGCGACUCCGCAGAGCCAAGGCCCAAUUGACAAAAUGGUGGCCGUGUUGGCGGACGCCGGCUGCACGCUGGUAAACCCAGCCGGACCUCCGUGCCUCCCCUCCGAUCUCUACGGCUUCCGCCAGCGCCUCGAUUCACUGUUCUCCGAUGAUACCCCGCUGCGGUCUCAGUUCCUCAAGGGCUUCUCGGAGCAUAUUUCGUCCGUUGCCAAUUUUCGCCGGGUCUUGUUGCCUUCUCAACGGGAUGGAUUUGGAUCAGUAACAAGUGAAAGCCUAGUCAGAGUAUUGUUACUGGUUAAGUGCAUCCAGCAAGACCUUUUGGACAUGUUGCUCGAGAAACUUCCCGAGUAUUUUGAUGGGGACUCUAAUGCGAGUGGUUCUGGACUCACACACUCCUCCUGUCUCUAUGAUGAUGUAGCAAGGCUUAUACUGAACCAAUUCCGGUGGCUUGACUUUCUCGUAUGUUCCGAUGGCUUUGUCGAGAAACUUCUACAGGUCUUAUCAAUUUGCCCCCAUCAUCUGAAGAAAGAGAUAAUAGAGGCGCUACCUGAGAUCAUAGGUGACCAGAAUAAUGAGACUGUUGUUAGUUCACUUCAGCAGAUGCUCCAAGAGGACUCAUCUAUUAUUGUUCCGGUGCUUGACUCGUUUUCCAAUCUCAAGUUGGACGAUUUGUUGCAAGAGCAGGUGGUUAUGAUAGCUCUAUCCUGCAUACGGACCAUUGAUAUCGAGCACAUGCCCUAUCUUCUUAGAUUUUUGCUUCUUUCCGCAAAGACGUCAAAUGCUAGGCGAAUAUUCUCGCAUAUACGUGAACAGCUGAAGUUUUUGGGAGCUUCUCAUGCACGAACCUCGCAGCGUAGCAAACUUAAAGGAAAAUCGGUUGUGGACAAUACGGAAGCUUCAAUCCUUGAUUCUCUUAGAUCUAGCUUGCGCUUCAAAAAUAUUCUUUGUAUGGAGUUGCUUAAAGAAUUGAAAAGCUUGGGGGAAGCUUGUGAUCAUAAAGUGAUAGACAUAUGGUUGCUUACACUCAUAUUCAUGAACAGUGAAUCUUUGCAAAGGAGUGUUGAAAAGUUAUUCAAGAAGAAAAUUGUUGAAGGUUGUUUUGAAGAUCAUAUGUUUGAUCAAUGCAUUCAUGGUAUCAAGGAUUUGCCGAAGGACUUUCUACGCACGUUUCUAUCACUAUCUGCGUACUUGUUGGGUUGCAAAGAACAAAGGGCUCAGGAAUUUGGUAUCCACAUUUAUAUUUGUCUAUUUGAAGAAUUUGAUGAUGCUUACACAAGACAAGAAGUUCUAGGGGCAUUACUUACUCAUGUGGGCUCUGGUAUAUGCUAUGAAGUGAGUGCUGCUUUAGACGCUAUGGUUAAGCUGGCCUCUAAGAAGUCCCAGGAGUUGAUUUCACUUUCAUCUUACAUAACUGGUAUCUUGGAUUACUUGGACGGCUUUAGUGUUGCGAGUCUCCACAAGGUGUAUGAACUUUUCAUAUGCCUUGCAGUAUCUGCUCAAUCUUGCACACAACCUUAUGGAUGUUCUAUCGCGAAUGAGCUUCUAAUGAUUUUGAGAAAACAGAUAAAUAACUCUGACCUGACAUAUAAGAAGAUGGGCCUCAUCGGAACAGUGAAGCUAGUUGCCUCCAUUGGAGAUAUAAAUAACACCUCCCUCCCACAUCUUUCACUAAGGUCAAAUCACGAGGAAGCUGUGGAACUCUUGAAGUUAUCUUUGGAUUCUUGUAAACAGCUGCCGUUACCAUCGGCUUUCUUUUAUGAAGAACUGAUUUUAACUCUGCAAAGCAAAACUCUUCAUCCAACUAUUAUGGAAUGGGUUGGCAAACAAGUUAUAGAGUUCGAGUCAACAUAUUUAUCAGAUCUGGAUAGAGGAAAUUUGGCUGUUUCAGACUUGUCUUAUAGUUUGGAAGGUGAAUUGUGGAUGAACCUUGAUGGUGAUAUAUCUCCUAUAUGCUUAAACAUUUUACCACUUGUUUUCCCAUUGUGUAGACCCACUUCGCCAUUGCAAGUUCUUCCUACAAAAUUUGUGUUACUUUCUGUGGUUGAGAGAUUGGCGAACCAAGGAUCACUUGGAGGCAUUGAUGCUCUUCUCGGUUGCCCAUUUCACCUUCCUUCCUCCAAGCUGUUUUCUGAACUCUCUUGGUUGUCUUUAACUGCAAAGCAAAAGCAGAUUGCUAUACUCUCGCUAUAUUAUGCGGCUAACUGGAUGAGAGAACUGCUAAAUGUCUUUUCAAGGCAAGUUGUUGAGGAGUGCAACUCCAUAAGCCAAGCAACGAAGGAAGACAUAAUUAUUAAACUAUUGAAACGCUUGAGAAACCUCGUGUAUGUUGAGUGCAUAUUGGACAAUUUUCUCAAAAAACAUCCAAUUCUUCUGCCCAAGCUCUAUCCACAUUUUGAGUUGUCACCGACCUUUGAGUUUGACAAUGCGAAGGAACCAGAAAGCAUGAGUGAGACUCUUAAAGAGAGUAAAAGCAGCUCACAAAGUAAAAGAAGAAGCAGAGGAAAGUCGUCAUUGCCUUCAGCCAACUCAAAUAUUGAGGAUAAGUUCAGGCAGCCAACAGUGGUUGACUUGUGGAAGAAAGCUGGUGGUACACCAAGCCAAGAAGCUACCAAAGAAGAUGUAUCUAUAAUGUCCUCAAAGGCCACACAGUCUGAAUCUGAAGAAAAUCAGGCUGCCAAAUAUAGUACAUCAGAAAACAUUGAAAUUUCUGCAUAUUUAAAGUGUUUAGAAGUACAAAAAUACAAAUUCAGGCCCCUUUCAUUUGAUUGUCUUUCCCUGCUUGCGCACGUAGAGAAAGAUCAAGAUUCUUGUUGUGCAGACCCAUCCGCCAAGUUACCUCUUCACCUGUAUCUCAUGCGUGAUCUUCACCAAAAGCUGGUGUGCUCAAAUCCCUCAAGAAAACAAAACUCAGCAAAAGGCUCCAAUGCUUCAGCUGGAUUGCUUGGACUGCAAACCAAUGAUUUCAUAAGAAAGAUACUACCUUUGUUUCCAUAUCUUAGGAGAAACUUUGACAGUGCAAGACACAUUCUUAGAGAAGGUUCUGAAACUUGUCAAGAACACUGGAAAGAGCAGUGUAGAUUGGCUGCAAACCCAGAGAUCGUCAACCUGAAAUUCGAAUUCUCUUUUACACUCGCUUUUGAGGUCUUGCUGACUCUAGAGGUAAUCAUUACGUCCAUUCGUAUGAUCCUCGGUGGAUCCAUAUGCCAAAAUGGAAAGGAAGCAUCCACAGGAUUUAACAACGAAAUUGUACCCUUUCUCUGCAACAAACUAGAGAGUUAUGCUGAAAAUCUCUUAAAGCACAAGUGUGUCAAGGAUGAUGUUGACGGUAGUUCAAAAACGAAAGGGGAAAUGAUCCACAAGAUACUCCGUCUCUACUUGGGGAACUGCCAAUCAACUUCCGAUACGUUGAAUAAGCUUGCCCGCUCUAUUUUACCUAAGGUAUCUUCUUCUGCAACUGCAUUAGAGGGUGACAAUGAUGAUGAGACUUUUCCUACACUCUGCUCUGCAACAAUAAUGGUCUGGUAUCGAGUAAUGCUUGAGGAGAACAUUUCCACUCUCAUCAGUUUGGCUAAGGAAAUUGCAUCCCAAGAGAAGCCAAGAGGUGGUCUCAAAGCAGAAAAUGUAGAGAGUUUCCUCGAGAGAAUUGUGCAGUCUGUAGAUGUGUUUGUAUCCUUAAUAAAUGUGUGCAGAGAUAAUGACAAGGUGAGUGUUCAUGCAAUGGCUGUUAAGUACGGAGGGAAGUUCAUUGAUUCCUUCCUUAAAGUUUUUAGUUUCUUAAAGGCCCAGUUUCAGAUGCACAAGGACCUCAUUCUUAAUUUGAUAAGAGAGCUCCAGAAAGCAACAAGGACCAUUCAGACACUAUGUUCAGAAGCAAAGGGAUCAAAACAAACUGCUAUAACUGGAAAAAUUCCCGCCACAAAGAGAUCUAUGGAACGAUUUCUGUUUCACGUCAAGGCUCUUCUUUAUGAAACCCCGAGUGGAUGCUCGUUCUGGAUGGGCAAUCUAAAGCAUAAGGAUUUGAUGGGACAUCUAGUUAGCUCUCAAGCAUACUUGGAUACAAAUGAUGAUGGUACCGAUGAUAAUCACGCAGAGACCAUUAUUGAAGACCGGGACAAUCCCCCAGAAGCUAUUGUUGAAGAUCAACCAACGAGUGUGUCCAGUCCAUAA